AGCUCUCCUUCCCCAUGCCUGCUCCCUGAGCCCCCUGUGCACCCAUGCGCUCGCCCGGGGACCGCUGCACACCAUGAACGACCAAUACCACCGAGCGGCCCGGGAUGGCUACCUGGACCUGCUGAAGGAAGCCACCAAGAAGGACCUGAACUCGCCGGAUGAGGAUGGCAUGACCCCCACCCUAUGGGCCGCCUACCAUGGCAACCUGGAUGCCCUGCGCCUCAUCGUCAGCAGAGGGGGGGAUCCAGACAAAUGUGACAUCUGGGGGAACACACCUCUUCACCUGGCAGCAGCCAACGGCCACCUCAACUGCCUUUCCUUCCUCAUCUCUUUUGGGGCCAACAUCUGGUGCCUGGACAAUGACUACCACACCCCGCUGGACAUGGCAGCCAUGAAGGGGCACAUGGAGUGCGUGCGCUACCUGGACUCCAUUGCUGCGAAGCAGAGCAGCCUCAACCCCAAGCUGGUGAGCAAGCUGAAGGACAAAGCGUUCCGGGACGCCGAGCGGAGGAUCAAGGACUGCGUGAAGCUGCAGAAGAAGCACCAUGAAAGGAUGGAGAAAAGGUACAGAAAGGAAAUGUUGGAUAAUUCAGACACCAUGAGCUUCUCCAGCUAUUCGAGCAGCACCUUAAGCAAGAAGUUCCAGCACAUGUCUAUGGUGACCUCUCUGCCAUACUCACAAGCCACCAUCCACGGCACAGCCAAGGGAAAGACGAAGAUUCAAAGGAAGUUAGAGAAGAAGAAGCAGGUGGAUGGGACGUUCAAAAUCUACGAGGAUGGGAGGAAAAGCGUGCGGUCUCUGUCUGGCCUGCAGCUGGGCAAUGAUGUCAUGUUUGUGAAGCAGGGCACUUACGCCAGCCCCAAGGAGUGGACUCGGCGUAAUAUCCGAGACAUGUUCCUCACCGACGAGGACACCGUCUCCCGUGCCAUAAGCGACCCGGGCCUGCACAUGGACUCGGCCCACUCGGAAGUCAGCACUGACUCCGGCCACGAGUCCUUGUUCAACCGCCCCGGGCUGGGCACCAUGGUGUUCCGGCGCAACUACGUCAGCAGCGGGCUCUUCGGGAUCGGCCGCGAGGACGCCAGCGUGCUGGGGGAAGGCAACACGGAUGGAGAAGGUGUCAAACUGCGCAGCCGCCUGCAGCGCUCGCCAAGUCUCAACGACAGCAUUGGCAGUGCCAACAGCCUGCAGGAGAGGAACGCGGAGGAGCUGCCCUGGGACGAGCUGGAGCUGGGCCUCGACGACGAUGACGAACCAGACACCAGCCCCUUGGAGACUUUUCUGGCUUCCCUGCACAUGUUUGAGUUCAUCUCUAUCUUGAAGAAGGAAAAGAUCGACUUGGAGGCCCUCAUGCUGUGUUCAGACAAUGACCUGAAGAGCAUCAACAUCCCAUUGGGCCCCAGGAAAAAGAUUGUGGAUGCCAUCCAGAGGAGACGGCAGACUCUGGAGAGGCCAGAUGUUAUUGUAGACACUGAACUGUAA